AAAUCAAUUCAGAAAAGCCUGUUGUAUUGAAAGUAUUCACAGUUAGGAAUGAAAAAUUAAUGUUUUCAAUGACUCCAAUAAAAGCAACAUAUGUUGAGAAAAAUAAUUAUUUUUUAAUUCAAAAUUUGGCUGGAUUCUCUUUGAACUAGUUCCUGAGAUUCGUUAAAGAGAAGGAAAUCAUCAUCUAGAGUGGGACAAAAAGAAACAAUUUAGGGGUUAAUAGAUUGGAUAAAUUUUAAUCAACAAAAAUAAAGCAUAUGAUGAAACUUCGAGCUUUUUUUAUCAGUACUCCUAAAUUUAUAUCAAAUAAGCAUAUUCAACAUAAGUAAAUGAAAAGAGAGUUUUAAAAAUUGCACAAGAGAUACAUCUAUCAAUAACAUAAGAUGAAGAAUAAGAUAAAUAAGUCAACCCUUAUAGGAUAAUUCUGAAUUAAGAAGAAUACAUUACAG